AUGCCGAGCUCUAUUGCAGGUCCCAUGGAGGAAGAGAGGAUUACUAGUCCGAGGCUCCGUCACCAGAUGAAGAAGAGGAAGAAGCGAGUUGCCAAGAAGGCGUGCGUGGAAUCCCUAAGGACCCCCACCCCUGAACCCGACCCUCCGCAGGUUCCCUCUUCGGGGUCCGAUCUCCCACAGGCUCCCGUUUCGGAGCCUGGGCUCCCUAAUGCCCCUCCAGUGAUAGAUUUGGAGGAGAACUUACCAACUCGGGAGCCUAAAAUGGCGGCAGAGCCGGUCACCGAGCCAGCUAGGGCUGCCGCCGAAGUUCCUAAACCUACCGUGGUUGCUGCUGAGGCUUCCGAAGGAUCGGCUCAUCAUGCUGCAGAGAUGGCGGCGUCCAGCUCGGGGAGCCAGGAGGAGGAGGAGAGCAUCCUGAACACCCAGGUCAGCCUCAAAAGAAGUAGAGGGGCUGUCAUCACCGUAGAGGUUAUAGACUGGGCUGAACUCACCCCUGGUCAGCUCGGGGCCCGCGCUGCAACCCAUGCUAUGGUGCCUGACAAAUACCUGAGGCACACUUUGGCUACGGAGGAGUCAUCUCGCACAGCUCAUACUGACCUGGGUGCAGCUCGGUGCAAGAUUCAUCAGUUGGAGAGUGACGCUGCAGCUCAGAAGAGCUUCAUUGAGGCUCUGCUGUCAGAGAAGGAGGAGCUAGCUCGCGAGAGGGAUAGGUUGAAGGCCGAGGUGAACGGGCUUAGAGCAGGCCAGGAAGCCCUGAAGCUCGAGGUGGAGAGCCUCAAGGCGGGUCGCACAGCUCACACUGAUCUAAGGGCAACUCAGUGCAAGAUUCAUCAGUUGAAGAGUGACGCUGCAGCUCAAAAGAGCUUCAUUGAGGCUCUGCUGUCAGAGAAGGAGGAGCUAGCUCGCGAGAGGGAUAGGUUGAAGGCCGAGGUCAACGGGCUUAAAGCAGGCCAGGAAGCCCUGAAGCUCGAGGUGGAGAGCCUCAAGGUGGGUCAGAAGGCCUCGCAGCUCGAGGUGCAGGGACUUAAGGAGGUCAAGGCGGCCUUGGAGCAUGAGGUGGAGUACCUUAAAGCCGACAUCAAGGAGAAGACCGAGAUCUUUGACGAAACUCUCGGAGAGGCGAAGGCCCAGGCCGUCAUUGACUAUGUCAAAUCGUCUAGGUUUGACGACGUAAUGUCGCAGGCCUACCAUAAGGGGUUUAAGCUCGGAAGGUGGUGGAUAAGGCACGCAUACCCUGACCUCAACAUAAGUGCCUUCACCACCUGGAAAAUCGCAGAUGACAUGGCCCGUCAGGCCGUCGAUGACCUAGACUCCGAAGACGAGGGUGGCAAUGAGGAGGUAGGUGCUACUGACCUGGCUGACACCUCUGAUGAGGCCCCCGAAGAGGCUCUGAGUAAUGUUGACAAGCCCUCAGGGUAG